ACCAAAUUAUUAAUUAUAUUAAACCCCAAAACAGAAAAAUUAAUACAAAUAAGCGGCGACUUGCAACCGAGAUACCUCUAUUAGUAAAUCAAAAAACAUUAUUUCUCUUUAUAAAUCCACCAAAUAUAUUUCAUCAAUUUAUUCAUCUUCUAAUCUCUAAUUUUCCCUCUCUAAAUUGAUCGAUAUUUUUCUUUUUUAAUUUCUAGUAAUCGAAUAUAAAUCUUUGUGGAAUAAAUUGAAGAUGAAGGGCUAUUGACUAACAACAUUUAUGCAUGUCUUUGAUAUUCAGACAUCUAGAUUCUCCAAGCCCGAUCAUUUUGCGAGUGAAGAUUGUUACAUGUGGUACGUAUAACACAAAGUUUUUUAUGAACAACAAAUUAAAUGGCAAAUUGCUUGAUGAAAAAAGUGAGUUAAACUUAGCAAUGUGCUGGUUGCUUCUUGGGAUGUGGCCAUUGCUAAAAAGAAGGGCAAGUUUUCGAGUUCGACAAGCCGGAGGAGCUUCAUACAGUGGUAGCUAACGAAGAUUAUAUAACUUAGAAAGUGUUGCAAUAUAUUGGUCAGUUCAAUUUUGUUUUAAGAAAUCAUAACUUUUAUAAUACGACUAAUCUUGGCUGAUGGAAACUGUUGCCUUAAGGCAAUUGCUUAAAAAUCUCUGCAUUAGUUCUCAAUGGAGCUAUGCUGUGUUUUGGAAGCUUCAACAAGUAGAAAACUACAAGGUAUUGACCUGUGAAGAUGUGUAUUGCGACUCCGAUAGGUCGUUACAGCAACCAUGUCUAUCAAGCAAUCCUAAUAACUCAUCAAGUCAAGAAGACAUACAAAGUUUUGGAUAUGAAGCAAUAAACAUUUGUGAUGGUGUACAAUCCUUGGGAGUAGGAUAUCCUAUUGAAUUUGCAGUUGCUGAUAUGUCAUGUUGUCAAUAUUUGCUAGGAGAGGGGAUGGUGGGAAGAGUGGCAUUCGCAGAGAGUGAUUUCUGGAUCUAUUCAGAUGACAUUCAAUCAAUUCAGCUCAAUUCCAACUUAGGGGCCGGGCAGUACUCUGAUGAUUGGCUUCUUCCCAUUGCAGCAGGAAUAAAGACAACUUUACUAGCACCUUUGUUACCAUAUGGAGUUUUGCAAUUGGGCUCAUUUGAAAAGGUUGAUGAAAAUCUAGCCGUAUGUGCUGAUAUUAGAGAUAGAUUCUUCACUCAUACCUACAUGACAAACAUCGCGUUGCCUAGUUAUGCUGAUGAUCUUCUUCUUUGUUCGUCGAUUCUGAUGGCUGAACCAGAAAACAACGAUGAAUCAUCUUUCACUUACAACAACCUGCAAAGUAUGGAAUAUGAGGAUAUUAAUAUAAUUCAUGAUGCAGAAUUCAUAGAAAACGAUUUCCCAGCCACUUAUGAUCAACUUGUUCCUUUAAUGGAGGAUAAUUUUCUCGAGCUUGAGGAAAUUUCCUGUAUUAUUGAUGAUCAGAACAUGAUUUAUCCAUACUUGAAUACCAAUAUUGAACCAAUUACAAGCGAACUUCUUAGCACUGAUACACCAUAUGCAACAACAAUGUGGAUGUUUUCUUGCCAUGAAGAAGAUUUUAAUGAUGCUAGAGUAUCUGAAGACUUGUCUGGUGGAAUAUGUUCUGAUUCUGUCCACAAACAAGUGAGAUGUCCGUCUGCAGUUGGAUUCAGAGUAGAUCAUACUGACUGCAGAAAUCUCGACAAUUUCCUAAGAGAUUGUGUGCUACCAGAAGAGGCAGCAGAAAUGUGGAUGUUUCCUAGACAUGAAGAAGAAUUUGAUGAUGCUAGAGUCUCAGCAAAAACAUGUGUUCAGAGAUGUUCUGAUUCCGUUCUCAGAGAAUUAGAAUUUUCUCUGACAGUAGAAUCCGGAGUAGGCCUCAGUAGCAGCAGAAAUCUCAGCGUUUUUCCUAGAGACUGUGAACUACAAGCAGCGAUUCUUCAGCCAGAUUUUAUAAUGUAUGAUGAGUACGAUUAUAGGCACUCAGAAUGCACAAACAAGGAAAAUGUGUACUCUCAGGAAGGAUUUUGUUUUUCAGCAGUGGAAUCGUGUGGACUAGUUGAUGAACGUGGUAAACAAGAACAUCUGUUGGCAGAUGUGGUUGCUACUUCAGUUAAUAAUUCCUAUGACAGUACUAGUUUUAAUCGCUGUGAAACUAGUAAAUCAUCUGUAACCUCAUUGGCAGAGACGACUCCUGAUACCAUCUCAGUACCAGAAGAGUGCAACACUAUGUCAGACAACCAAACCAUGUUUGGUAUGACUUCAGCCCCCUCAUUGGAGAGCUUAGAAAGUGCAGCAGUUGCAGAUAAGCAACAACUCGAACGUGCUUCUAAGUUGCUUGACGAUAAGAAUCUCAAGAAGCCCAAACACAGCAGGGGCAAGAAGGAGAAACCAAAGAGUAAUGAUAGACCGAGGCCAAGAGAUAGACAACUUAUUCAAGAUCGACUCAAGGUGUUGCGCAAAUUAGUCCCAGAUGGUACAAAUAGUAGCAUUGAUGGACUGCUAGACCAAACUGCAAAGCAUAUGAUGUUCUUAAAAAGCGUGACAGAACGAGCAGAGAAAAUGAAACAAUUCAUAAGUCAAGAGGAUAAUGUUUCUUUAGAAGGUGGAAAUGACUUCAAAGCAUGCCCUAUUAUUGUAAAAGAUUUGGAACAUCCUAGUCAGUUUCAGAUACAGAUGAUCUGCAAUGAUGAAGGAGCCUUCUUUGAGAUAGCAGAAGUAAUGCACAAAUUAAAACUGACCAUCUUGAAAGGGGCUAUGGAAAAUCGUCGUAACAAAUGGGCAAGCUUCAUAGUUGAAGCUUCAAAGGGGUUUAACAAAUUGGACAUAUUCUGGCCUCUAAUGCGAAUAAUACAGCAAAAUGGUAACUGGAUGACAGACCAACUGUGUCCUUAAAUAUGUAUUCCUUUUCGGCGUUGGCUAAGAAUUGAAGUGGCAAUGAAGGAGAACAUGAUAGAAUGAUAUCUAUGUUUUUUACAAGAACUCAAACUUCGUGAUCAACAGUGAAAGAAAGCUGUUAUUAUGUACAAUAAGUUAAUAAGUUUGUAUCUACCAAGCUAUGUUUUGAGGUCUUAAUACAACAUUAUUUUCACUCAGCUUCA